AGCCGGAAAAAGUGAUUAUUUUUCAUCAAAAUUAAAAGCUACCGCAAGCAUCCUAUUCAGUCCCAAUUAAUUAUUCAAAGCGGAUCGCUUUUCUCAAUUCCAUUAGCCUAUAACAUUUUCGAGCCACCGACCAUGAAGUUAGGGUUCCAUAGCCCCUGCUGCCGAUCUGUCUAAAAGAAAUGCGAACGAUGUCAAGACCAGUGCUGCUUGUUUUUCUGCUUCUUAUUCUCAUAAUCACUUCUCAGUUUGAAUGGAAGCAACAACUUGUUCCUGAUCUUGACACAACUCCAAGCAUUUCCGAAAAGCAGAAUCAAAACUCGAAUAGGGAAGAAGUUGUAAAAGAGAAGAUCAUAUUAUUGCAAGAAAAGAACAUUCAGAGACUUAAUGAGCUUGUUCGUAGUCUUCGGGAACAGUUGGUACAGUGUAGGAGCAAGAAUGUGACAAAAAAUCAAACUGUAAGCUUCGUAACGGAACAUGUAACGGAACUUGAACGACAUCAGAUAUUCAAUGACUAGGCUGAGCCCAUGGAAGUAUAUGGAUACUUGUAAUAUGUUUGACCUGUAAAAGCCCUCAAAUUUUUUACCAGGUUUCAGAAGUAAUUCAAAUGUAAAGUUCACAUCUCGAAUAAUCUUCUCGUCAUAUUUUAACUGUGUUUCUCACUAUUUUCUUCGUAUGGUUUCUUUCAUUUC